UGAAACCGGAGGUCCAUGAGAUCAUGACAGGUAAGCGCUUGCGUCACGCAAGGGUGGGGUAAUACCUACUUUACAGCGGCCGAGCCAGUUCAGUUGUGUUCUCGAGCCGGGCGAAGCGAGGUGUAUCAGAGCGCCGCAUCGACCAUAAACUGCUUGUUUUUUAAUGAAUCUCCCUGUUAUCGGACCUGCCGCUGCAUCGGAAACCUGAGAAAUCUGCAUUCGACGAGCCGUUUCGCAGCCAAGUCGAUGCAAACGUCGAGGAACUGCAUCGCAAAGUGUGCUGUGAAUUCUAACCUCUACGGCCUGAAGAUAGUUACAGAUAUUCCGGCUAAGGAAAUUCGUGGUUUUGUGCACAGUGAACGAUACAUUUCUGCAUAAAAGUCCAAUCGCACGUCGUCCGCGGUGCUUUUGAUCGCGAAACAGCGAACAAAAACUCCCUACAUGACUAAUUCGAAAGUGACAUGUCGAAAGUAAACAACGUCUAGUUCAGAGAGAGCCAAAUGACGUGAAAGAGAAACAAACUUGGUGCCGCCAUGAAGCGGUCCUUUCCUUCGUUCGUGAUCCUGGCCGCUGUGAUGACCAUGGCGAGAACAGCAGUCACACCAAAAGAAAUAGUAAGGACAUUUUCGGAUCCGAAAGUGCGGGCUUUCAACCACCUAGUGAUCGAUAAGAACACCGGGCGCGUCUACAUCGGAGCCAUAAACCGUUUAUACCAACUAUCGCCCGACCUAGAUUCGGUGAUAACGGAAGUAACCGGUCCGAAAUUGGACUCCGACGAUUGCUCAGUAGUCGAAUGCAACAGCGCGAUAAAUAAGAAGCUCACCGACAAUGUCAACAAGGCCCUGGUGAUCGAUUACACCACCUCCAGGCUAAUAUCUUGCGGGAGUCUGUCCCAGGGGAUUUGCUCAGUUAGACCUUUACAAAAUAUAUCCGAAGGAAGCCAGGAGGUGCGCGAGGCCGUCGUGGCGAACAACGCGACCGUCUCCACGGUGGCGUUUAUCGCCCCCGGGCCGCCGAAUCCCCCGGUAUCGCAGGUGAUGUACGUCGGCGUCACGUUCACCGUCGGUUCCCCUUACCGGUCCGAAGUGCCCGCCGUCAGCAGCCGAUCCCUAGACAAAGACAAGAUGUUUUCGAUAGCCCAAACGGCCGUCACGACGGGCACCAGGAUGUUCGUCAAUUCGCUGGCCAGAGAACGGUAUCCGAUCACCUACGUCUACGGCUUCGCCUCGGAGGGCUUCAGCUACUUUCUGACCACGCAAAUGAAGCACACCACCUCCAGCCAGUUCAUCAGCAAGCUGGUCCGCGUGUGCCACGACGACGAGAACUACUACUCCUACACGGAGAUACCGAUGGAUUGCAUCAGCGAGGCGCAGGGCGGCAGGAAGUACAACCUGGUGCAGGCCGCCUACGUCGGCAAGGCUGGUUCCGAUCUGGCUUCGGAUUUGGGCAUUACCGCGCAGGAUGACGUUCUGUUCGCCGUUUUCAGCGAAAGCGAUCCGAUCGUCGCGAACAAACCGUCCAAUUUGUCCGCUUUGUGCGUCUAUUCGCUCAAGUCCAUACGCAGGAAAUUCAUGCAGAACAUCAAGAAUUGCUUCAGCGGAAAGGGCCAGCGAGGGCUGGACUUCAUCUCGCCCAGCCACCAGUGCGUCCAAACGAAAUUGCAAACAAUCGGCGAGGACUUUUGCGGAUUAGAUGUAAAUACUCCUUUGGGGGGCGAACAACCCGUGUCAGCAGUACCGGUUCUCCUUUUUAACACCCGCUUGACAGCCGUCGUUGCCACUUCUACGGGGGAUUUCACAGUGGUCUUCAUUGGAACAGCAAAAGGCCAUUUGAAGAAGGUUGUUGUCGAAUCAUCCACCUCUGCUUUGGAAUACGGUGAUUUGAUCGUGGAGGAAAAUUCACCUGUAAAUCCGGAUUUACACUUUGAUUCGCAAUCGAUGCAUCUCUACGUGAUGACGGAGAGAAAGGUAUCCAAAGUUAAGGUACAGGAAUGCACUGUCUACAGGAAUUGUUUAGAAUGUUUGGGCGUUAAGGACCCCUAUUGCGGUUGGUGUUCCCUAGAAAAUAAGUGUAGCUUACGUUCAGACUGCCAAGACGCGGCCAAAGAUCCUUUAUAUUGGAUUAGUUACAAAAGCGGAAGGUGCACAACUAUUACCUCAGUUAUACCGAACCAAUUACAAAGAACAACAGCAAGAACGUUGGAUCUGGUAAUCGACAAUCUGCCGACGUUACAAGGCCACUUUUUGUGCGCUUUCACUGCUUUAGAUAAAACUUUAAUUACGAACGCCACCAGGAAGGGAUCCGGCGUGAAUUGCACCACGCCGAGAACGGACUCGUUACCUUCGAUACCUCCCGGACAACAUCAUUUCACUGCCAAACUGUCAGUCCGGAUGACUUCCGGACCGGACUUCGUAGCGACCAAUUUUACGUUCUUCGAUUGCAACACUUACAGCUCCUGCACCCAAUGCGUGUCCUCGUCGUUUCCGUGCGAUUGGUGCGUCGACGGGCACCGAUGCACCCACGACACCGCCGAAAACUGCCGAAACGACAUCCUAGUCACCGGAGUCAGCAGGGCCGGUCCGAGUUACAGAUCGGGCCCGGGAUUUUGCCCCACGAUCAACGCCACAGUGGGGAAUUCUCCAGAAAUAUUGGUAGCUUCCGGGAUAAAGAAGGCCAUCAAAGUAAAAGUUCACAUAAUCGGUCAAUUUAUCGUCCAGACCAGAUUCGUAUGUCAAUUCAACAUCGAAGGACGGGUUACCAGUGUAAAUGCUCAACUAUUAGGCGAUACUAUUUACUGUGAUGCGAUGGAGUUUUCCUACACGUCCCGGGCGCCGAAUAUCACCGCUACAUUCGCCGUCAUUUGGGGCGGCUCAAAACCGUUGGACAAUCCGGACAAUAUUCAUAUCGUAAUUUACCGUUGUCGCGAUAUGGCCGACAAUUGCGGGAUUUGCUUGGCUCUAGCCGAGAAAUACGACUGCGGCUGGUGCCAAAGCUCCGACAGGUGCGAGGUGAAGGACCAAUGCGAGAAGGGCUCCGCCGUGUGGCUGAACAGGAGCCAAACCUGCCCCAAUCCCGAGGUCACAUCCUUCAGCCCGAAACUGGGUCCUUGGGAAGGCGGCACCAACAUCACCAUCCGAGGCAUCAACCUCGGCAAAAACUUCCAAGACAUCUACUCGGGCAUAAGCAUAGCGGGAAUAAACUGCCAGCCCUACGAGCAACUCUACAUCAAGACUAAACAGAUCACCUGCCAGGUGGACGGGCCGGGUACUAAAGAACUACGCCAAGGACCGGUAACGGUGAAAGUAGAAGACUAUCGAGGCGAAUCCAAAACCCAUUACAGAUUCGUUAACCCCAACAUCACGGGUAUAUCGCCGAGGUACGGGCCGAAAUCGGGAGGCACCAUGUUGCAAAUAACCGGCGAAUACAUGAACGCUGGAAGUAACAUACAGGCGUUCUUGGACGGGCUUCCUUGCCGAAUUCUAACAACCGAACAAAACCGAGCGUUGUGCAUCACCAGCGCCUCGAACACGACGUCCAAGAGGAAGCUGAAGAUGAAGUUCGACAAAGGCGAUCGGUAUUUGGACAGCAUGAUGUUCGAAUACGUCGACGAUCCUAUCAUAGAAUCGGCCGAAUCGGGCGUCGCCAAUCAAAUAAAAGUACCUAAAGGAAUACCCGCCGGAGGUAUUCAAAUAUCGGUCACCGGAAGAAACUUGGCUUUCAUUCAAAAACCCCAAAUGUAUGUUUUCUACGAGCAAAAGAUGCACAUCAGCGAAUGCACUGUAUUGAGCAACACGAGCAUGACGUGCCUCUCGCCGGUUAUCGACGCAGCCGAAGACGUUAAAUUAGACGCGGAUAAUCCCGAAAAACUCGAAUACGGCUUCCGAAUGGACAAUGUCACCGGGGUCCAAAAUCUCACCAUGCACAAAUCAUUCAAUCCGUUUCUUUUAUACCCGAAUCCCAUAUUCAUACCGUUCGAAAAGGAAGUGAAAUACUACAAAUCCGAUUACUUGAACAUCAUCGGACAAAACAUCGACCGGGCUUGCCAGGAAUCCGACGUGGAAGUGUUGAUUGGAAGAAGCAGGUGCAAUGUCACGUCUUUAUCCCGCCAGCAACUGACUUGCAGACCUCCGGAGACCCAGCCUCUGCCGCUCAACGACCAAGACAUCUCCAGCGGUGAGGCUCUGCCCGAGGUGGUCGUCAUCGUCGGCGGUUCGCUGAGAUACAACAUCGGAGUUUUGUCUUAUUCUUCACCUCAAGGUUUGAACAGUUCGAUACCGAAACCUCUGGUCAUCACGAUAAUAUCCGUGGUCGUCGUCAUCUUCGUCGUUUUCGUCAUUUUCUUAAUAGCUUACCGCAGAAAAUCGACCGAAAACAACAGAGUGCUGAAGAACAUGCAAGAGCAAAUGGACAUAUUGGAGUUAAGAGUGGCAGCGGAAUGUAAAGAAGCGUUCGCCGAAUUGCAAACGGAAAUGACCGAUCUGACGGGCGAUCUCACCUCCGGAGGCAUACCAUUCCUCGACUACAGGACGUACGCCAUGAAGAUCCUCUUCCCCAACGAAGACGACCACGUCGUCCUCCAAUGGGAGAGACCGGAACUCCUCUCGAAAGACAAAGGCCUCCGGCUGUUCGGCCAGCUGAUCAUGAACAAAACCUUCCUGUUGCUCUUCAUCAGGACCCUCGAAAGCAACAGAUACUUCUCGAUGCGAGACAGAGUCAACGUCGCCAGCCUGAUAAUGGUCACGUUGCAGAGCAAGAUGGAGUACUGCACCGACAUCCUCAAGACCCUGCUGGCCGAACUGAUCGAGAAGUGCAUGGAGGGCAAAAGCCACCCGAAGCUGCUGCUGCGGCGCACCGAGAGCGUCGCCGAGAAGAUGCUCAGCGCCUGGUUCACGUUCCUGCUGUACAAGUUCCUGCGAGAGUGCGCCGGCGAGCCUCUGUUCAUGCUGUUCAGGGCCGUCAAACAACAGGUUGACAAAGGACCAGUCGACGCCAUCACAUCGGAGGCGCGGUACUCCCUCAGCGAGGAGAAGCUCAUAAGACAAUCAAUCGAUUUUAAACCGAUGACCGUCUAUGUCUCGAUAUCACAGCAAACGGUAUUCGUUGGAGGCAUGGAUCACAACACUGAUAAUGUUCCUGUAAAAGUAUUAGAUUGUGAUACAAUUAGUCAAGUCAAAGAGAAAUCGUUGGACACUAUUUACAGAGCAACGCCUUAUUCGCAAAGGCCCAGAAAAGACGAUUUAGACUUAGAAUGGAGAACAGGUACAUCUGGUCGAUUAAUUUUAUACGACGAAGAUAGUACCACGAAAAUAGAAGGCGAUUGGAAGAGGAGAAAUACCCUGCAACAUUACCGAGUACCUGAUGGCGGAUGUCUGAAUUUGGUGUCCAAACAAAGUUCUAUAUAUAAUUUAAACAUUUUCUCGGAGAAGAACGACAAGUCCCACAAGUACGAGACGCUGAACCUCAGCAAAUUCAGCUCGGUGAGCCCGCCGCUGAGCCGGGCGACCAGCCCGCUCAACCACGACCACGACCAAGGGCUGAAGGUGUGGCACCUGGUCAAGCACCACGACAACGACAACCAGAAGGAGGGCGAGCGCGGCAACAAGAUGGUGUCCGAGAUCUACCUGACGCGGCUGCUGGCCACCAAAGGUACCUUGCAGAAGUUCGUCGACGAUCUGUUCGAGACGAUCUUCAGCACGGCCCAUCGGGGAUCGGCGCUGCCGCUCGCCAUUAAAUACAUGUUCGACUUCCUGGACGAUCAGGCCCUGCAACACGGCAUAUCCGAUCCCGAGGUGGUGCACACGUGGAAGAGCAAUUCGCUGCCGCUCCGCUUUUGGGUGAAUCUCAUCAAGAAUCCCAAUUUCGUGUUCGAUAUACACAAGUCGAAUAUAGUCGAUUCCUGUUUGUCAGUGGUUGCUCAAACGUUUAUGGAUUCCUGCUCCACUUCUGACCAUAGAUUAGGUAAAGAUUCACCCAGCUCCAAAUUGCUGUACGCUAAAGACAUUCCAAACUACAAGGAAUGGGUAGAAAGAUACUAUUCUGAUAUAAAAAUCAUGCCCGCCAUUUCCGAUCAGGACAUGAACGCUAUGCUGGCGGAAGAUUCGAGGCUACACACCACGGAAUUCAACACGAAUUGCGCUCUACACGAGUUGUACAAUUACGCCCAGAAAUACAACGAGCAACUAACAGUUACCUUAGAGGAGGACGAAUUCUCUCAGAAGCAACGAUUGGCCUACAAGCUGGAACAGGUGCACGUCAUAAUGGGGGAGUCGGGACAGCCGUGAUACUGGCCUGACCUGACGUGCCCCCCUACGGCCCCACCUCUCUCUCCCGUAUUCCCGUCGGCACCUCAGGAACUCGCCUGCUGAUAAACGUUUCAUGCCAAAAAUACAUAUCCAUCAACAAACAAACAAACAAAAAAAUAAGUAAAACUAUUUCUCUAUGUGUUACGAAUUGCUGUUGUGCAAUUAUUGUUCAGUGUAUUGUGGACCAGUGCUCACUCAGUGACUUCGAAGUGCCUCUGGUAGAUUGAGUGCGGUGCUGGCUCCUAAAUUGAGUGUAUUAUAUUUUUAUGAUAACGCUAGGUUUGCGCUUCGCCGUGCUGAACAGCAGCGUUUAUAGUCUAGAGCCGUUGUCAGGAAAAGCCUUCUUCUCUUUCGGUGAACGGUAACCAAAUUUGUACUUAAAAUUUUUAUACAAAAACAAUUAUUUUGGAUGUCAUUUCAACUGCUGUUGUUUAUUUAUUUACACGGAAAAUAGUCGAAUCGUUUUAUGAAUAAUUAAUUGUAUACCAUUUGGUGCGGGAUAUUUUUUUUAUUUUGCAGGAGUCGAGAUGAAACCGUAGAUGUAUAAAAAAAAUACUAGCAUAUCGCAUUCGGUUCACGUAACAUAUCUGCAAUAUCAUUGAUAUAAAUGAUGACUACUUAAGGGCCUAUGUUUCGUCUCAAAAAAAAACUCUCCUGGUGUAAAAAAAUAGUUCGCAACAAACUGGGAGAUUUGCAAAAAUAUGUAAUUUGGAAGAAGAACUUUUCAUUAUUGGUCCUAGGCUAUUAGUCCAUUAUUGUCGAUAUUCACUGAAAUAUCCACUCUAACAAUGCUUUUUUGAUAUUUGUAAUAUGAUCGUAACUUUAUACAGUUUAAUAUUUUUGUAUUUAGUUGAAUGCAAUCAUGAUGAUUGUCUUCCGCAAUGAAGGAAGCACCAGGGUGUAGUAUUUAAUUGCGACCUUUCAAUCAAUGGAUGUUUCAUUCUAUAUUACAUACUAUGCACGAGGUCGUAUCAAUGUUGUUUGUGUAUGUGUAAUAAGGCUGUGUAAAUUCUCUUGUUUGUAAUUUAAUGAAAAAAAAAACAGUAUCUUCAAUUGCCACAUCUGAUAUUUUGUUUUUCCGAAAUAUUGCUGCUAUCUGAAAAUAUAUUUGUUCCUAUUUUGGGGCUGAUGGAAUUACGUUUUAUAUACAGACAGUAACAAAGAGGAUUUAUCGCUGCAUGACUAUUUGUGACAAAAAGAAUUUCAUAAUUCUAGUCAGACUAUUAUAUUUAAGUAAUUCGGUCAGCCAUUAUUUUUUACCUUCAUUCUUACGUGCAAUUUAUUUCAUAUUUUAUAUACAUAUUUAUAUAAAUAUACAUAGCUUUACAUUUUUUUAUUUAUAUUAUAUAUGUAAAAUGCUGAAUGUUACACUAUUUCUUCGAGUACAUCAUUCGCAGGUGCAUUUUGAAAGCUACGAUCUCAAUGAAACAAAUUUAAAGGUAGCUAACGCGAACAAAAGUUACACCAACAAGAGGCCAUUUUUUGAUGAACUUAAAGCACUGGGAAUGUUGUACGAUUUGUAUUAAUAACAAUUAGAAUUUGUAUAAAAUAAACGAUGCAUUCCGUAAUAGUAAUGUAAGAAGAUAUUUUAUUCGUAAGUGGAACAUUCAGUUGGAAUACGAGGUAAAAAAAUAUACUUCACUGGCUCACAUUUCUAAAAAUUAUUUAUUAAUUGAUUGAAUACACCAUUACCAUUUUCCUCUCAUUAUUUCUAUUAAUUUUUAUGCAUUGAUCUUCCCCUUCAUUUUCUUGUCUUCCACUUAAUCUACUUCCAAUACGUAGAUUAAUCAUUGUUCAAUUUUAUUUAUACACAAUCGGCAAAAAUUCACCACCAGCAUACUCUGUAAACGUGAGACAGCCAGGAGUAUUUUUUUUAAUCAAGUCAUCCUCGUAUUGUGACUAGUUCUAACAUGUUUUUUUAUUUAUAACGAAUUAAUUUGGAAAAAUUUUAAGAGUGGAUUCAAUGUCUAAAUGUUUUUAUAUAUAUUUUGUCGCUGUCAUUUCUCCUUCAUUCCUAUGUCGUUUGAAGCGCGUAAUUAUUCUUAAUUAAGUCGUACCGGCAAUUAGUUUCGUUUCUGCUGAUUUCGUGUGUGCACCGAAAAUGAUCCGCGUGUGAAAUAAUAUGUUAUGGAAACGUUUUGUACUCAUUGUCUUGGAAAAGAUGCUCGGAGUGAGGAACGAACCGAUCGGGCGUUCUCGGUUUUCUCGAGGCAAUGAAAUGAAAAAUGAAAUGGGAACAAUAUUUUUAGUAUUUUAUCUUUUUGAACGAAGGAAAAAGAAAAAUUUAAUUCUACGCUUAAACUAUCGUAAUUAUCAUAAAUUGAUGUGAUAUUAAUUGGAAAACAUUUAGAUAGGUAUAAUCGUUAGCAAUGUGUUAUUGUUAUUUUUUUAUAUGUAUUUUUUAUAGUCAAUGUGAAUGUAAUACUUAUUACAUUUUCUUUUUCCUUCUCGUAUUCGAAUCUUUCACCUUUUUUUUUUAAUCAUUUUUUUAUAUGAUCAAAUUGCCACCGUCCUGAUAUUUACAACAAUGUAUUUUAAUUAGCUUUCCGACAGCUGUGCAUGAUAAAACCAGUCUUUACGAAAGCUUUUCGAAGUUUCCUUUUUUUUACGCCACAAUUCGUAUUCGUAUUUUUUUGUAUUCCUUUUGUAAUUUAAGUUUUGUAUAUAAAAUUUUAUGCCAAAAAUGCUUCUGGACAAUUGCAUAGGAAGAUUGUAAAUAUUAAAUAGAUGUACGUAUGUUCGUACAGAUGAAUGCAUAAAUGUUUGUAUGUUUGUACGCAUGGUCGUUCGAUUAAUUUAUAAAGUUUAGCAGCUAAACAAGUCUUUAUUUCCCUCGCUCGCUCUCCAUAGCGACAGAUAAAGCGAUUUCUGUAAACUGAGGACUUUAUAAUGCAAUCGAUGGUACAUAUUUAUAGUAAUGUGUGUACAUUCGAUUAUGAAUGGUAAUGUUCUACUAUAUGUUAUUAUAAAAGACUGAAUGGAGUUACUAAUAUAAAUAGAAAAACACAUCCUA